AUGGGCUUAGCGGCACCUAAAAAGAAAGUUAAGAUCUCACAUGAUCCCAACAAUACGAAAUGGUCUCGAUCCACCACUGGCUUCGGCCAUCGAAUCAUGAGCUCUCAGGGUUGGAAUCCUGGUGAGCGCUUAGGAGCUCUUGAUGCUGCACACGCCGAUUUCUUGACUGCAGGUAGUUUGUCACAUAUCAAAGUGACGCUUAAGGAUGAUACCCUGGGACUGGGCGCUCGUCCAGGGCGGGAGAACGAACAGACUGGGCUCGAUGCAUUCCAAAGAUUACUCGGUCGGCUGAACGGCAAGUCUGAAAUGGAGUUACAAAAAGAGGAUCAGAAGAAGUCCACUUUUAAGUUAGCCCGAUAUGCUGCCCUAAGGUUCCCGGAAGUUCGAUUCGUUUCUGGUGGUCUAUUAGCCCAUGAGAAACUGGUCGCUUUACCCACCCCAGAACUAAAACAAGACUCCAAAAAAGCGCCAAAGAUGAAGAAGGUUGAACAUCAAGAUGACGACACGGAGGAAGAGGCCGAGAAAAGCGAUACAAUUGCCGCACCCAAAAUCAUGACAACAGUAAUUCGAGAGCACCGGCCUGUUGGAAGACAAGUCUUCCGAAGCCGUCAUAUUGCGCAAAAGAAGAAAGCUCUUUUGGACCCAAAAUAUCUCAACGAGAACAACGUCAUCGAAGUUUAUCCGAAGGCGGAUCUUCGUUUUGUAUUCUUCCCCAUCGCGCCGGCUGAGAAUGGGGAGAAGAAACGCAUUCAUUGGGCACCACUCAAUAUUGGUAUCGAGCGGCGCCUACAGACAUUCGUCGUUUUAUGUCAUACACUCACUAUUGCCAUAUUUCUAACGGGCUUCUUCUUCACCUGUUCUAUUCCUCUGUUCUGGCCACUGCUGCUUCCAUAUUUGGUCUAUAUAUCUCUUUUCUCCACAGCGUCUACUUCUGGUGAACUCAAGGGCAGAAGUCGAUUGUUACGAUCUCUUCCGAUCUGGAAAAUCUAUGCAUCGUAUUUUCCUGCUCGGCUUCACCGUGAGGAGCCUUUACCCCCGACCAAAAAAUACAUCUUUGGCUAUCACCCGCACGGAAUCAUCUCUCAUGGAGCCUUUGCCGCAUUCGGGACGGAGGCCUUGGGCUUCUCCAAGCUUUUCCCAGGUAUCACAAACACCCUUUUGACAUUAGAUUCAAACUUCCGUAUUCCAUUCUACCGAGAAUAUGCGCUCGCCUUGGGACUUGCAAGCGUAUCCCGAGAAUCCUGCCAGAAUAUUCUAAGCAAGGGGGGUGAAAAUGGCGAAGGCAUGGGCCGCGCUAUUACCAUCGUCAUUGGUGGAGCCCGUGAAUCUCUAAAUGCCCAGCCACAUUCCCUGCAGUUGGUACUGAAACGUCGCAAAGGGUUCAUCAAGCUUGCAAUCCACACGGGUGCCGAUCUGGUCCCGGUCCUAGCCUUCGGAGAGAACGAUCUUUAUGAUCAAGUUUCUUCGGAUGAACACCCGAUCAUUUACAAGCUGCAGAUGCUAGUAAAGCAAACUAUGGGCUUUACAAUUCCAUUAUUUCAUGCCCGUGGGGUGUUUAAUUACGAUGUCGGGCUAAUGCCAUAUCGCCGUCCUUUGAACAUCGUGGUGGGACGGCCGAUUCCCGCAAUGCAGCAGCAGAACCGGGACAAGUUCGAUGAUGCAUAUAUCGACCAGCUGCAUUCGCAAUAUGUUCAGGAGCUGCAACGACUAUGGGACCAAUGGAAGGAUGUUUACGCCAAGGACAGAAAGGGCGAGCUAGAAAUUAUAGCCUGA